AUGGGUGUAUUUUCUGCAUUUGGGGCAUGGAUCAAUCAGAACUCUCAAGAGGCCCCUAAGAGAUCUGAGAAUGUUGAAUCUAAGUCUAAGAUGGAUAAUAAUAAUGGUCCUGCUAAGCCAAAGAAAUAUUUUGACGAACAAGAGUGGGAGAGGCAAGAUAAACUUUGGACAGCUGCAGAGAAGAAGCAUCCAUGGUAUGACGCACCUCCUAAGGUGAAGGUGACAACAAAAAAAGGUCUUUGCCAUAUGCACAUAGAAUUGACAUUGGGGUUGAAUCCUGAUGGAGUCUUCGAACUUUUCACUAAUCCACAAAACGGACCAAACACCGAACCACUUCUGAAAAGCAAAUCAAGAAAGGUUUUGAAGGAGGAUGGACCGAGGCAGAUCGCAAAGGUGAAGAAAGCUGUGGCCUGGAACUUCAUUGGGAAGUCUUUUACCAUCCCCAUAAGUCUAAUUGUCGACGAAAAUUCUCGUGAAUUGAAAGGAAAACAUGGCUGA